GGAGCCCGGCGCAGCCCGGCGCAGCCCCCCGAGCUGCGGGAUGGUGGCGGCGGGGGGGGACGCGGCGGCGGCGCUGGCGAUGGCUCAGAGCGCCGGGCUGGGCGCCGUGUAACGGGAGAGGGCCCUGAGCCACGCGGGGCGAAGGCAGCGCGGAUCGCGGGCGCAGUCCCGGGUGUUCCCCCGCGCCGGGAGCCCCUCUGCGACCCCCCGCCCCAAAUCGCCUCCGAGCGCACCAAGGAACGAUGAAAAAAAAUAAUUCUGCAAAAAGGGGGCACCAGGAUGGAAACCAGCAACCUGUGCAGCCAGAGAAGGUCGGCUGGGUGCGGAAAUUUUGCGGAAAAGGCAUUUUUAGGGAAAUCUGGAAAAACCGUUAUGUGGUUCUGAAGGGAGAUCAGCUUUACGUCUCGGAGAAGGAGGUGAAAGAUGAAAAAACCAUACAGGAAAUGUUUGACCUGAGUGACUAUGAGAAAUGUGAAGAGCUCAGGAAGUCCAAAAGUAGAAGCAAAAAGAACCACAGCAAAUUUACUCUCGCCCACUCCAGGCAGCCUGGAAACACGGCACCAAAUCUGAUCUUCCUGGCUGUGAGUCCAGAAGAGAAAGAGUCCUGGAUUAACGCCCUCAACUCUGCGAUCACACGUGCUAAAAACCGGAUCUUGGACGAGGUCACUGUGGAAGAGGACAGUUUCCUUGCCCACCCAACGCGUGACAGAGCCAAGAUCCAGCACUCCAGGCGCCCUCCCACGCGGGGUCACCUCAUGGCUGUGGCAUCUACCUCAACCUCUGAUGGAAUGCUGACCCUCGACCUGAUCCAGGAGGAAGACGCCUCUCCGGAGGAUCACGGCACCUGCGAGGAGAGUUUCCGGGUGGAUCUGGACAAGUCCGUGGCACACCUCACUGCUGGGCGGCGCCGCUCAGACUCGGAGAACACCAAGUCAUCGGAGAAAGGGCGGACAGGGAGCCUCCCGCGACAGGAGGUGACCUCAUGGGAUAGAGCGGGGCAGCGCAAUGACUCCUUUGACAAAGGGACCAUGUACACACCGCAGGUCCCCAAAAAGCUCUCGCACUCAGAAAAGAAUAAAUGUGCCUCCAUGGAAGAAAUCCUGUCCCGACGGGACUCUUCCACGCACCGGGCGGUGCUGAGGAAGGGGCUGGAGGCUCAGUUUGCCUCGGCAGAACCGGAGCAGCUGUCCCGGAUACAGGAACUGGUUGCACUGAAACUGGAAAAAACUCAGGAACUGCUGACAGAGGUGAAGGGCUAUGGGGAAGGCAAAAGAAAGACCAAGGACUCCAACACCAGCACCACCAUCACCACCACCUCUUCUUCCUCAUCAUGUUCCAAGUCGGACUCUGAAAGGAUCCUGCAGGAAUCUGAGAGGCUGCUGGGGGAGGCUUCCUCCACCUGGAGUCAAGCUAAGAGGGUGCUGCAGGAGAUCAAAGAGCUGAGGGACCUGUACAAACAGUUUGAGCUGCAGCAGUCAGACUCGAAGCCCAAACAGAGCUCACAGUUGCAGUUUAGAAAGAGCAUGAUGUGAAGUGUUCAAAAGAGUGAAAAGGUGCCUGUUCUCUCCCAAAUUUGCUUCUCAAAGCUUGGACCCUUCCUUUCCUCCAUCGCAUCCCCUGAUGAAUCAACCCCGUGUUCCAAUAAAUCAGUUGCAGUUUAUACUCCUUUGUAAGAGCUCCCUUUGCACUGCAGGCCCCAGCUCCUGUCAUGCUCCAAGAACAGGAGUGAGCACUGGUUCCCGGGAACUGCCCGUGUCUGCCUGGAGCACUCCAUGGAGUGGAGUUGGAUGAGCCCUGGCAUUGCUGCUUUCAUGUCUGGACUGUGCCCCAAACUACGUCUCGUUCACUGGGACACUUGCCCUGUUCCCUCUCAGAAAUAAGUGACAUUAAAAGGUUAAAAAAGGUGUCCAUCCCCACCACUGCCGGGAAGUCCCCAGUGUCCAGGAACUUCCCUGAAGAUGUGAGAAGUCCAGGUUGGUUGCCAGUGUUACACAGGCCAUUGAGGCAUUUGCUGGGUGCAGCUUGCAGAGCUCUGUCCUGGCACAGUCCCCUAGAAAACUUGCGGCUGGCAGCUGUUAUUUUGGGGUGCAUGCAGAGCCCUCCAGAAGGGCAGCAGCAACACACUCCGUAUCCACCCUGACCCUGUCGGGCCAUGAAUGCUUCACAGACCCCCUUGGCCCCAAGCAGUGGGAGGUAGCAGCGAUGUGUCUUCCCUUCUGUGCAACCAGAAGAUCAAAGCCUUGGAUUCGACAGCCCACACAGGCAGUUGGGGGGGGGUUUGGGCUUUUCCAUUCUCAUUUCUCUUUUUUUUUACCUUUUCUCUGAGCUGAGCAAUAGGGGUGUGUGCAGGAGCCAGACACCACAAGCCAACAGCAGUUUUAGUAGGUUUGCCUUGCCCUCUCAGGUGUCAUAGACAGCAGCAGGCUCUGCUUGGGCUGUCCAAGAUCUGAAUCAGCCUGGCUGGAAUGAAAACUGAGCCCAGAGCAGAGUUCAGAUCGUCAGCUCACGGGCUGGCUCAGCUUUCACAGCCACGAGCAGGACGUGGCUGUGUCUCACAAGUUCACUCGUGGUAACAUCCAACUGUUCCUUGUUUUUUAAAAGGAAACCUAAUUCUAUUACCUACAUGGCAAAUAGUCCACGAAAAUAUCAAACCCACAGAAUUACUUCCUGGUCAUGGUUGGUGUUUUCUCUUUCCUUUCCUGGCUGUGAUUAUAAGAUUUUUUUAAACUAAAGAAAAAAAUAAAA